CGCAAGGGAAACAGAUCGAUCGGCCCACAUCAUCAUGGACAUGGCGAUGGAGCUACCUGACGAUCUGCUCGCCGAUGUCCUCCGCCGUCUUCCUCCGCACAGCCUUGCCGCGGCACGGUGCGUCCACAGCUCGUGGCGCGCCAUCAUUGACACCCGCCGCCUCAUGCACCUCCUCCCGCUCCGGCUGGCCGGCAUCCUCAUCAACUUCAACGGCCACAACCUCACCGAGCUCUUCGCCCGCCCCACGCCGUCACCCACGGUCAGUGCCAAGUUCCACCAAUACCUGCCUGACGGGGCCCGUGAUGCGAUCGUCAUGGACCACUGCAACGGCCUCCUCCUUCUGGAAGGCGGCUACGUGGUGAACCCCGCCACACGGCAGUGGGCGACGCUGCCCUCCCCACGGCCGCCAUGCCGCUACGGCGAGAAGCACUUCUGUUACCACGAGUACAUCAUGUUUGACCCUGACGUGUCACCCCACUACGAGGUGCUCGUCGUCCCGGAAGCUUACAGGCGGGAAACACUGGAACCUAGGGUUGAAGAGUGGGAGUGGCCGCCGUCGCCGAUGUUGCUGCAUGCUUUCUCCUCGAGGACGAAUAGGUGGGAGGAGAGAUCAUUUGAGAGGCGGGGUGAGGCAUUCGGCACCAUCGCCGAUCUGCCUUUGUCCGACAACCAAACAAGUGUUGUCUACUGGCAUGGGCACCUCUAUGUGCACCACUAUUUUUUUAUGAGAAUAUCUUUAUCAAGCAGCAAGUACCAAGUAAUUAAACUGCCGCAAGAUAUUAAUUUGAGUAGUGUUUCACAAGGAGCGCUAGCAAGAUCAGAGAAGGGAGUGUAUCUCGCAUCAAUUGAUUCGUACACAGCACGGCUUCAAGUUUGGAUCCUCGAUGAAUCUUGUGCUUGCCUCGAGUGGGUCAUGAAGUAUCGAGCAGAUAUUAGGCAUAUAUUGUCACAUCGGAGCUGCAAUCCGAAAGUUCACGGGUCUUGGGUCAUGGAAGAUAUCAACUAUCAUUCUUAUCAUGACAUAUUUCCUGAUUACAAAGAACAAGCACCACCUGAAAAUGGAUUUGAAUGGGACUCUGAUAAUGAGGAUGUUCUUGACACCAAAGAUAAGAUUGAAGGGGAGUACGGACAAGAAAUUUACAUCAUUGGAUUUCAUCCUCAGAAAGAAGUUGUUUUUUUAUGUGAAUCAUUGGAGAGAGGAUUUGCCUAUCAUUUGAGUACCUCAAAGCUUCAGGAGUUGGGAAACAUGUAUCCCACACACUAUGAUUGGUUUGCUGAAGGCUAUAACAUAGAAAGCUCGUUUCCAUACACACCGUGUAGGACCUCAGAGUUCCCUGCAGAUAAUUGAUUCAGGAGCGUGUCAUAGAUUAAUUGUUUAGAGCUAGCAACACCCUUGGUGUAUUCAAAUCCAGUAGAACAUGUGUAAUGCUACCUUUUCACAUUAUA